AUGGCCCGAAUCAGUUUGAAGUCUGAUAGUCGGGCCAUACGUGAUGCAAAUAUUGUGUAUAUCCGCGUCGACGAAUUUGACUCAACUAUUUUGGAUCCAAAAGAAGGUCAGGUCAAUACAACUUCACUCUUCUGGAAAGAACUUUUGUAUUGUUCGGAAAGUAUGGUCUCAAAGCAAUUCUCGGCACAUCGACAGCAUCACCAACUAGUUGGACUAGUAUUAACUACGACGUUGAUCUUGUGGGUGUUACUAACACGACUUCGAGAUUCGGAUCACUAGAAGUUAGGGUUUUUCUUCAUUCAAUUAUGGUAUUCUGAACCAAAACUUCACAGCCACAUUAGCGCAAAGAUAUGGAAUUCAUACAAAAGUUGUGUUGUUGCGUCGCAGAUGGGGAAUGAAAUCGGAUGUUAUAUGAUCACACGAAGUUACGCUCGUCAUGCAGUCAAAAGAUUUCGUACGUGGCUUGAGAAAAGAAACGCCACCAUCAAGAACUAG